ACUAAAAGGGAAAGUUGCAAGAGUAAAAGAAAAACAUCAGUUACACCAAAUAUGCAAACCACUUGGGUGUCUUGACCACAGUACACAUAAUCAUGUCUUUUCUUUUCUCUCUUACUACAGGCUUUUUACAAUGUAUAAUGUACUGCACAACUAAAUUGCCCAAACAAGUUCUAGCUUUUGUGAGGGAAAAUAACCUUGAAAUGACGGGUACAUGAAUUGAUCCUGGCCAAAACAUAAAAAUGGCACCCAAGCAAAAUACACAAAUAAGGUAAAACGAACAUUAACCUUGACGUUCCAGUUUCUGGGGAGCCUCGAGCGCCAGGUUCAAGAGCAGUUGACUGCUCGAGCUAUACACUGCUCCUGAACCAGGCGCACGAGCCUCCCCAGGGAAGAUGCUCAUCUUCCGUUGAUGUAGUUGGCAACUACGGUCGUACUGACAUUUACAGCAAUAACCUAUUAAUUAUUUAAUAUUAUAUACAACUCUUGGUAAGUAGAAUAACACGAAUAGCGAUCAUGUUUGACUGUCGGUCUGUUAGCAACUUUAGUUCGACCAUAUUCGUUCAUAGAUGACUAACUAGAUAUACUAACUAACGUUAGCUUUAUCAUCAAUGACAUUCAGCUAAACUCUGUGCCAAAUUGCUUAUGGCUACUGCUAUGCCAGGAUAAGUUAUUGCGGUUAUAACAGCUGUGUAUAUUUACUUCACAUUAACGUAGUCUAUGUUUAUAUUAGACUACGUUCAUAUGUGAGUAACAUUAAGAAACAACAUUGCUCAUAUGGCCAACUUAAAAUGUCAAAUUGCCAAAGAAUAGCAGCGAAAUGUCCGUUAUAUCAGAGACAUCUAUUGCGCUCGAGACAUCGUUUGAUUUGAUAAUCAAAGUUCAUGACAGAUUCUAGAAGGACAUUGAUAAAUUGGAAUUUUUAUACCAAUAAUACUAUGAAUGUCAUCCAUUAUAUUCGUUUUAGUCCCAUUUCCCAAUAAAUAACGUCACGGUCACGCGCUGCGUCCCUGACUAGCAGCUGAAUCCCGCGAAACCGUCGCGGGGAAAUCCAAAUCAUUAAAAAUGAUCAAUAUACUACGGGAAAUCGACCCGUGGACAUGUCGGCCCAGCUACAUAUUGUACCAUAAUACUAAAUAAAACCAAAUAUUAAUGACCCCUUCACCCAAGCCUCCACAAGGGCAAGAAAAAAAAUCGAAUAUAUGCAGUAACGCGCUCACACUAACUAGACUUCGUUAUAUAACUUAACUGCGUGCUGAAUCCAACGUAUCGUAAUAUUAUUUCCUGAAAGAAAGGACAGCACUGUUGCAUUCAAAACUUUUAAUCGCCAACAACGGACGUUUCCCUUUUUCAGCGUGUAAUGGCCGUGAAGAAGCCAUAACACGCUGAAGGGCGCGCGGCCCGAAACGUCCGUUGUUGGCGAUUCAAAGUUUCGAAAGCAACCGAGUGCUGUCCUUGCUUUCAUGAAACCAUAAUACUCAACAACUCCAUUUCUAAAUUACGCUUAAUUUGGAAACAAUUCUGCUGCUUACCUUGCUAUGCCACAUGUAAAUCCCUUGGCUGUCGGGUGCAGCCUGCUGGCAACGACGACUUGCGCACACUGCACAGAAGUGCGCCCCCUCAUUACAAAUGCAUUGAACCGGAACUGAAAUCACACGCAGCCUCUAUUUUUUUAACCAAUCUGAUCAGUUGAUUUACUAGUACGCCAGGUGUGGCCAUAAUAAGAAUGCAUGUGCUUUUUCAACUUGAAGGGACUUUCAAAUGAUUACAUAACUAAAAACGACAUGUUAUUAAAUGUUAACAUUCAAAUACACAUUCACACAGAAUGCACGGUUUUAAUCCUGUCAGAUAAGCACACUGCAAGCCAUCUCAUAAAUAGUAUAUCUUAGUUUAUUACAGCUGCCUGUAGAACCUUCUACACGUUCAAAGUGAAUGUAUUUGUAUAUUUAUCCUGAAAUAGGUCCUUAAUAGGCUAUACAUUAUUAGAAGGGGGAUUCUUCACUUGCAUGUGAAAGGGUUAAAUGCAACUAUUCAUUGUUGUCACACUAUGCCAUCAAAACUAACUUUGUGUUUUUUUUCUUCUUCAUUUGCAUAUUUAUGGGACACUGAAGACCAUUCAAAGCUCACGGCAGAAAAGAUGGCACAGGUGUGGAAGGUCGUCGAAUUCAAAGAUAGGAGCACUACCAUAGUGCCAAGCAGCUGGUUGGAGGAGGCAGGGGAGUCAUGGAAUUGUUUCUGGCCUCCUAGUUCUUAUGAUCAUAUCCGCCUCCAGAAGGCAGUCGCGCACCACCUUCCUCCAGGUGCAGCGUGGGACGUGCACGGUGACGUGAGGGUCUUGGUUAGCUGUGCAACAUAUGUAAAGGCAAAGGACUACCUGAAAAAGUCCUUACUGUGUUUAACAUCAGACAUACAGUCAGAGGCUGAAGACCCUAUCAGAAGGAAAAAAAGGCCAAACUCACGCUACCUGCAGGAGCCAGCUGGAAGAGUCCAGACCACUACGGGCCCGCCGCAACACUUUUUUGAAGGUGUGGACACUGAUGACGAGGCACCACCCCCCCCAAGAAAAACAGCACGACAAUCUGUAGAUGUAGGGCCAGACAUCAGUAGUGAGUGGCUAUUUGGGCCAUCGACCACCCAAAGAGCUCAAUCAAAUGGCAGCCAGAGACUUGAGCUACUACAUAUAGAUAGUCCAACCAAGCCACCAGCUAUUGCAUGAUAUGGGAAUAUCUAAAGUCGUGGAGCUGCUUUCCAAAGUGCUGGAAGAAAAUAAAUUGAUGAAAGCAGAAAUUACCAACCUGGGGAGUGAAGUGAGGGCGCUUAGGAGAGAGAUGGUGAGGCCGGUAGCACCAGAAGCUGCCGCUUCGUCCAUCAAGCUGCCUCUGAGGACAAUGGAGGAGUUUCAAUUAGCAGAGGCUGUUAUGAGAGAAACCCCCUGCGAAAAACAAAAGAUG